GAAGCAUUCAGACAUACCAACGAGUCGGUACACUAAGUCCGCCGAUGAAGCGGGGAUCCGAGGCCUAGGCCGAAACCCCGACUUGGUCUUUAGAAUUUUGGACACCAAGUCCCAGCUGCACAAUGGCAAUCAUCUUAUUGGCAACCCAUACUACGUGUUUGUGUAGUUUAUCGACCAAGCAUUUACUAUCAGCGCCAAAUAACUUUUUGCCCCCGUCAAAUCAAGCUCCUUGGGAUGAAAUCCUACAGCAUUGCGUCCAUACCGGCGGACGGCAUCGGCCCGGAGGUUAUUGAUGCCUCCAUUGCCGUCCUUAAUACUCUGGCCGACACCCUAGGCUCGUUCAAUAUCGAAUUCACCCACUUCGACUGGUCUUCAGACACGUACAAGAAGACGGGCAAGUACAUUCCAGAUGGCGGCCUCGACAAGCUCAAAAAGCACGACGCCAUCCUCUUCGGGGCUGUUGGUAGCCCCGAAGUCCCAGACCAUGUUUCCCUAUGGGGUCUCCGCCUCGCCAUCUGCCAACCGUUCCAGCAGUAUGCCAACGUCCGCCCGACCAAGAUCUUCCGCGGCACGCGGUCCCCCCUCCGGGACUGCGCCACCUCGGACCUGGACUGGGUCAUCGUCCGCGAGAAUAGCGAGGGCGAAUAUGCUGGACAGGGAGGGAGGUCCCAUCGCGGCUUGCCAUGGGAGACUGCGACCGAAGUGGCCAUCUUCACCCGCCACGGCGUCGAGCGUAUCAUGCGCUUUGCGUUUGAGCUGGCGAGGAACCGGCCGCGGAAGUUGUUGACGGUGGUCACCAAGAGCAACGCGCAAAGGAACGGGAUGGUAUUGUGGGACGAGGUCGCCGCCGAGGUCGCCCGAGACUUUCCGGACGUGACGUGGGACAAGAUGUUGGUUGAUGCCAUGACGUGCCGGAUGGUGUUGAAGCCUGAAAGCUGCGAUACCAUUGUCGCAUCGAACCUGCACGCCGAUAUCCUCUCUGAUCUGGCAGCAGCCUUGGCUGGUUCCAUUGGAAUUGCACCAACAUCCAAUCUGGAUCCCUCUCGUCAAAACCCAAGCAUGUUCGAACCCAUCCAUGGCAGUGCGUUUGAUAUUACAGGGAAAGGGGUUGCCAACCCCGUAGCCACGUUCUGGACUAGCGCCGAGAUGCUCGCGUGGCUGGGAGAAAAGGACGCAAGCAUGAAGCUCCUGGAAGCUGUGGAACGCGUGUGCGAAAAGGGUGUUGUCACUGCGGAUUUGGGUGGGACGGCUACAACAAAGCAGGUCACAGAUGCCGUCAUUGAUGAGAUCAAGGCUCUGUAUGGUAAGUCCAGUUAAAUAGAACACAUUGCUGUUGUCAUCGCGCGCCAGGUAGCGCCCCCCUGACCUUGCCGUCAGUUCUUGGUAUAUGUGAUCCGGAUCGAUCAAGAACGAUGCAAACUUGUCUUCUUCUCCGCAUGCAGAAAACUCCUCCUUCCAUACUGAGGUCCCAAAUCGACAUGUUUGUCAGGCUAACAAAAUGCAGUACAAUGGACGAAACUGAUCGCAUGAAAGCGACAGAGAUAAAACAAUGCAAGCUCAUCGCAGAUAUCCUCAUCGAAAGAGCGCUAGGGGCCUACAACAAACAAACCAUUACAGCCGUGUUACUUUUCGCAGCCGAUCGGGACUCGCUCUCUUCCCCCCAAGGCUGGGCGUGGCUGGCGCCACAAUGGUCUAAAACCAACAGACAAUUUGCCAAAGUACCAUCAUCGUCAAGUUCUUGUCACGGCUGACGGCAGUAACAAGGUUCAGAUGGGCUUCCGACCUGGCGUUGGAAAGCCAACUGUUACCGAGCUGUCGCUCUCAUUGCCAUCUCGAGUCUCCGCCGGGUAGCGGCACCUUCGCAUAGAUUUCAGGUCAUUGGGGUUUCUGGCCAGCCUGGUGCUGCGGCGAGGGGUGACGGGCGGGGCUGCGACCACCAGAUUUCCACGUGCAUUUGGCAUGGUUUUGGUGGGCGUGACUGAGAUGCUGUUGGGAGUUUUGGCAGGCGAAUCUGCCUCAGAUUUUACGGCUCUUGUCAUUGUUGGUGGGGAUGUGGGUUCCGUGGUGCUGCCCGAGUCCGCCGAUAACUUGGCUGUAUUACUUAGGGCUUGUGGAACGGCAAGUCCGCCUCUGAUUUUUGAAGGUGUCUUCCGCGGAUCGGCCUCGAUGUCAUCGUCAUCGCUAGUGUCAGACUCGUGCCCAUCACUGCUGACGUUAGUAUAGACCUGAGCUAUUUCGGAGAAAGCCUUGCCAUCAAGCGUGCUGCUUUUCGGCCCGCUUGCAUCUCGAGCUACCCUCGCCGCCUGCCUGUCGAUCUUGGUAGGUCUUUCCUGAGGUUUCGAGUGGGCUUCAGGUGUAUACAUAAAGGCCAAGGGGUCGAAGACAGAUGCUCCAGACACGUUUGAAAGGCCGUGACCCAUUUCCAAAUUUACAGCAGGUAAAUCUUGGGAUAUGCUAGAAACAGGGUUGGCCUGAGCCGAAGGCUGCUGAUUCCUUGCUGCAGGUUCGGUCCGCUCUGCGGGCUCUGCGGGCUCUACGGGCUCUACGGGCUCUACGGGAUCUGGGGGCAGUUUUUCUCCGUCCUGGUCCGAUACGACGAGCCUUCUCAUGGCAGCAGCAACAAAGUUGUUUUGAGCCUUGACUGUGUCCUUCUUGCUGGGACGCUUUCGCGGGCUUCCGUCGUUGGGUUCAUCGCGUUUCCGCUUGAGCUCUUGUCUCCGACCCUUGCCAAAAGUUCUCAUGGCUUCUUUUACUGCAGGCUCAAUUCUGAGGUCCCAAUUGGCCGCCUGAUGCUCGUAAAAGCCUGCCCAAAAUGGGUGGACUUGUCCUUGUGGCGUCUUGGGGUCGUGAUUCAAAUAGCCGAGCUUCGAUUCGGCUAUCGCUUUGGUCCAGCCUCUUUAUUUGGGGCCACCAAGGAGAGUAAAUCUAGUGGUUCCGUAUCCCAAAGCCGUACGAGCGGCAAAAAAGCCUCGGGUAAACAACUCGGGGUCGAAGGGAAGUUCGCCAUGUUUGUUGACGGCUUCACGCCAGUCUUUGUGGCUGCUAAAGCAGCCUUUAAGGUAGUCCAGAAGGCGGUUGAAGGUCAGGAAGCAUCGAUGGGACAUUGGGAAGUCGGCAAUAAUCUGAUGGCUCGGCUUGCCUUCCGAGUUGUUGAGACAUCCCGGACCUGGACGAACAGGAAAUGAAUGACGCGUGCAGACGCAUCUGAGAUGGCAGUAUAUGUCCUCGAACUUGAGCCAAGGACGUUGCAAAACCGUUGUAUUGCAAAGAUACCUAAUAUAAACAUCAGGGUCCUGUAGCGCUCGAGUUUCACCAUAGGAGGAUUCAAUGAGAGCCUGGUGGUUAUAUUUUCGACUGGUGCUUGCCGGCGAAGCGAUAGCAUCGCCGGCUUGCCCGGUCUGGGUCGCUUGAGGAUCAUCUCUCUCGGUUUUUCUUUGCGGCAUUGUAGAUGCUCUGCCGCAGGCGGACAUACGUCGGCCAAAACUAUCGUUGAUUAGAGGCAAGAUGGGAAUUAUGUCGGAAAAGGUUGUAUUACCUAUCUCCUAUCCAUGCACGCUGCAAGGACUGCAAAGCUGAAUGGCGAGGUGGUUCGCUUGUGUGUCCUGUGUCUUUUCGUCUCGUUGGUCCAGAAAGUGAGUGUUCAAAUCAAAACAACAUUAAGGCCACAGGUUACAUGGAUAAGUUGCAAAUGUGAGAAAUGGGUGAAAAGGAGGUAGGCAACUAGGUAGUCGCUGCUCCUCGAAGAAUUCGAAAGAACAGAAAGAACAUGGUGGACAGAUUUGGCUGUGCCCGCCCGAUAUGGCAGCAAACAAUCAUUUUCGAUCACAAUCUGGUCACUUUGGGCUCAGAUUUAUUUAUACAUAAUACCAAAGGGAAACCAAGUAUUCUUUUUCGGAUCUCACUCGCAAUGCUGUUUAAACAGUAUUUGCAUAGAUAGAAAGAAGAAAAGGGGGAAAAACAAAACAAUAUAACCCUUUCUCACA